AUGUCUGAUUCAGCGAUCGACGACGACCGCGCAGCUAAGGCUGCCCGGGCAAAGGCAUUGCAGGCAAAAGAAGAAGGCGGGAGUACUGCGGGAUCGCCGAGUACCCCAGCUCUUUCCUCACUCCGACACUCUACAGUUGCUUCGCCCAGCCAGGAUGGCUCAUCCUAUGCUCCUUCAGAAAUUGCGGAUGACAACCGAAGCGAAGCAAGCGUCAAUGUCUUAUCCCAGGCAUCUCCUAUCCCUAAAUCAUCUGCCUCUGGCCCACCUCAGGAUGUUACAAAGGAGACCCCAGCCGCCCAGGUAACAUCACCUAUCAAUGUCAGCAAUCACGCCGAUGCAAGCGGUUUAUUCUCUUCGAUUCAGCCAGCGUCUGGAUUCCGCUCAGCAUCUUCCCUGUUUGGUGGUGACGAGGGGCCGUCUUUCAUACCAACCCCAUCCCCUGGCGAAAUUGCAUUGUCGCGAUCAGAACUUGAAAGGACCCGUAGGGAACUCGAGGAUGCGCAAACCCGACUCCAGGAGAUGGAGAGCCAAGCGGAAACAGUCAGGGCCAACCUCAAGGCCGCAGAGCAAGCAUCUCGACGAGCAAAAGAGGAGACCGCUGUCGCCGAAGAAGCUGCGAAACGCACUACUGAAGAAUUACGCAAAGCGAAUUCGACGAUAGAGGAUAUGCGAGAAGACCAACGAGCAGCACGGGAGGAUGCGACGGCUGCAUAUGAAGCAAUGAGGGCCACCGAAACGGCCAAGAGGCAAUCAGAAGAGGAGUUAGCGAAUCUCAAGAGAGAACUGGAAAAAAUCAAAGAGGACGCGCAUUCAGAGCGAGAUCAUUCUUCGAAGGAAAUAGAACGGCUCAGAUCGGAACUCGAGAGCGCACUUUCCAUGAGCUCUCAAAGUCAAAGUACGAUAUCUCUACUAGUGGAAGAAAAGUCUAAUUUAGGCGCCCAACUAACAUAUUUUGAGGAUCUGGAGGCUCGCAGUCAAGAAACUGAUCGACGACUGGAAGAGAACAAGGCACUUGCGGAAAAGCUCAAUACGCGAGUAGCAGAGCUUGAAACUAGCCUUCGUAAUGCAACCUCAGCCAAUGAGGACCUAACGACCAAGGAGAGGGAAGCUAGCGACCGCGUUCGAGAACUUGAGCGAUCAUCAACACAAUCAUCUAGGACGAUAUCUGACCUUCAAGCGGAACUUAAGGAUCAACGUGCUCGCGUCCGAGAGUUGGAAGAGCAAAUUGAAGCAGACGAUCGAGUGGAGGUUCUGGAACGUCGACUCAAGAGCAUGCAAGACCGAUCGGAAGAGCUCGAGGAGAAGUUCAAUAAAAGUAAACAGUCUGCCUCGAAGCUCAAGGUCGAGAGGGAUGCUUUAGAGUCUAAAUACAAUGCUUCCGAGGAGGCGCUAAACCAGGCGCAACAAAAGCUGGUCGAACUUCAAACUAAAUGCGAUCAACUCAAUACUGAACACCUCACCCUCGUGACCACGCAUAAUUCUCUAGAAUCGACCAAAACCGACUUGAGUACUCGCUUGGCAGAUUUGGAGCAACAGCUCGAAAGAACGAUCAAAGAAUUGCAAGAUGCUGUUGUAACGCACGCUAACACCAAGGAACAACUUAAUGAAGCCCUUGCCCUUGUUUCCCGUGGAGCGAGUACUGAAUCGACACUGGCGACUCUCCAGGCAGAAAAUGAAGGAUUGCUAGCAAAUCUUGCAGAGAUGCGGCCUAAAAUCGUGGAGCUUACCGAGGCUAAACUAACUCUGGGCGAGGCCAUAGAGGCGCGCGAUAAAUUGGUUCGCGACUACGAGACCCAGAUCAAAACUCUCGAAAGCGAACUCGCAGACGCGCAUUCCCAAAAGGAUGAUUCCGGGAACAAGAUCACGGAGGCCAAGGCUCAUGCUUCGGCUCUAGAAAAGCAACUCGAUCGCGAAAAACUUGCUAUUUCGGAAGCCUAUGCGGCGUAUGAGGAACUUCAAUCCCGGCUGACCCUCGUAGAAGAGCAAUUUAAGGAGUCUGAGUUGUCUAAGGCCGAGUUGCGUUCGCGCAUCGAACAAUCCGAAGAUAGGGCAAACAGACUAGAUACAGAUUUGGAGCGACGCGCACGCGAAGUUACGGCUCUACUCGAGGAAAUAGAAGGUCGCACACGUGAAACCGCCGAACUACGUAACUUCCUAGAUAAAAGUCGUACAGACCUGGAUGCUGCAAACAGCGAGAUCGCUGCUCGUGAGGACGAACUUUCACGGCUCCGUUUGAAUGGAUCCAAAUCUCCAACGCAUGACCCUACGCUAGCUGGGGAGACGAUGGAACUCGAACUAUCUACAAUGCGAUCGCGUAUUCGUGCACUUGAGGCCGAAGUCUUUGACGCCCAUGCGCGCGAGCAUUCACUGCAGCGGCAAGUUGCGGAACUUCAGGAUACUUCCAAGCGAAUGAAUUCAAGUAUGACAUGGGGGAUCGAAGGAGGACGUUCGGCAAAUUCAGGACGAGGGCAAAUUGGCACUGAUUCGCACCGAGUUUCUGGGGAGUUGGAACCCACACGCGCCAGUGUGGGAAAUUCACGCGCUUUCCCCCCUAACCAUGCAGGACGUAUGAAUAAGAUGUCUGCUCUGGAUGCGUCUCUUCCACUAGAGACUCGUCGCAAGCGCGCCGUAAGCCUGAAUAUGUUACGUGCACGUAUCCUCAGUGAAAUGGCUAGCGGGGCAAGUGGAGUAUCCCCUAACAUUCGCCUUGCGAACAUAGGGGAGGAGUAUUCAUCUGCAGGUACGAGUAACCUCGUGGGAGGUGAUGACGAGGCGCAUGUAUUCUGGUGUAGUGCAUGUGAAGGAGAGCUUGUGGUGUUAUAA